ACUUCGCUUGUACCGACGCCGGACAUAUUUUUUUUAUAUAAUACACAUAAUUUUUUUUAACUCAUUUUAAAAAUAGAAUGUUUCCUCUUUUUUCAUUCUAUACGGUAUUUUUUAUAUUUAUUUUCAUACUGGCAUGCGAAUGUAAAGAUUUACACUUAAAAGAGGGUUACACAUUUAAUGGCAAACAUUUGGCACAGGAAUACGAAAUGGAAGGUAAUUACAAUAAAAAACAAAGGUACGCACGACAUGUGGAAGCUGUAACUGAAAGUCUUCUAGAACAUCUGGUGAAAGAAAUCAACAAGUAUUCAUCAGUUAAAGGCGAGAGGCGAAACAGUGCUAUACCCAAACUGAUGCGACGCUUGAAAAUGAAACUGAGGAGGCGAUACCGAAAAAAAUCUAGGAAAUUGAACAAACACAUAAAGAACUCGACGACUACUCGAAUGAUGAAUGUAAACUCUUAAUUACGAGUAUAGCGAUGAACAAUUAU